AUGCUGCUGAUCGGCGUUACUGAUAGAAUGAAUCCAUCAGCGAAUGGAUCUGUCGAAGCGAACUUUUCAUCAGAAAAUUCUGAGCUGGAUUUUGAAGCCUUAUUGUUGAUCAACAAGCAGAAAGCAGCACUGCUGGUACCGGCCAUCAUUUACGCCGCCAUGUUGUUGGUGAUUGGCGUCAUUGGCAACCCAAUCGCUAUAUAUAUUUAUGGCUGGAAGUGGCAGAGCACAACCACCAGAGUGUUCCUGUUUUGGCUGGCAAUAAUUGACCUGAUCAACUGCAUCAUCACCAUGCCAACGGAAAUCUACGUGAUGACCAACUUCUACUAUUUCCCCAACGCCGGAUUCUGCCGCAUGUCCAGGUUUAUCACUUACGUCAUUAACAAUACGUCUGCUGCCGUGUUUAUAGUCAUUGCCAUCGAUCGCUACAUCCGGAUAUGUCACCCACACAGACAGACCAUCUCUGUCUGCGGAGCUCAAGUAGCCUGCUUUCUGUCUUCUUUCAUUGGCUUUGGAGUUUCAUGGCCAGCCCUUGUUCUCUACGGUAGUAAAAAAAUUCGUGUCCCUAGUUCUAGCAACCAGAAAGGAUACAUCUAUGGAGUCAUUUGCGACGUCAAGAAUGAUAUGGAUAACACGCCAUUUCCUUUAGCUUUCUUCAUUUACCUUUGGUGUGCGUUCUGUGUCUGCAUUCUUAUAUUAUCAGCGUUAUACAUUUUAAUCGGAAGGGUGAUGUUAAAGAGGAACAGAAAGAAAACAACUAAAUUCAGACUUGAAGCCUCGCAGUUCGAGCAUAAUGGCGAUGAUAGGAACCAACACAACGAUCAGACUACAGAUCUCACGACUACCCUUGAAGAACCAAGUAGUGGGAAUAUAAAAUGUAGUACAAACUUCCAUUGUUCGGGCGCCAGCUGGAAGAACAGCAGAAUGCGACCUCCAAGAUCUACCUUGAUGUUAUUUGCCAUAACUGCAGUGUUUGUGAUGUCUUUCCUUCCCUUUCUGAUAAUCAUGACGGUUCGUCAGCAUAUCGGGUCUUAUUUCUACCCAUCAUUGACUCCUUGGGAGCAAGUGCUGGUGAACUUGUUUUCCAGGUCCUAUCUGGUCAACAACUGUGCGAACCCGAUUGUGUACGGAAUGUGUAACUCCCAGUUUAGAAAUCAGGUGAAGAAAUUGUUUCAUAUCUCGACCAAAGGACGCGAGUCCAGCAUAUCCCGGGAGGAGUCUAGAGUUUCACGGGGGUUUUCCUGCUGA